AUGUUCAUCUUUCAUAUCGUGAAGCCGAAGAAGGGAAAUGUGGAACCAGAAGCUGAGCUUCAUCAUCUCAGAGACCUUCUUCUCAAAGAUAAACAUGGGGUGGAAUUGACGAAAGAGACAGUGCUCAGCGAAUCCGUCGUGGACGGCGCGGCCACUUCUCACAAAUCUCAAGUCGAACAAGUGAAGGAGCCAGGGACGGGGAAGGUGAUUGGGAGCGUGAAGGUAGAGAAGGAGACAAACGAAGACAACAGUGGCCGGAAGCAGACCCAUUCGGUCACUCAAGUGGAUAUCCCCUCCGAGGGCAUUCAUCAAGUCAUCCCUUACGAAGAGGACAAACGAUCUCCUGAAGAGGAAAAGUUGGGAGGAGAAGACGGAGGGGAGGAGUUGUCUCCGUUGGAUGUGGCGGAAUACAUCUUGAGGACAGGGGACGAGGAAUCGGUCGCCUUGGCCGUCGAGGAUCUCCUCGCUCAGGGAAUCUUGGAGAAGGACGAAGCUAUUACAUAUCUGAUAGAAGUGAAGAAGGACCUGGAACUCCUCAGGACGGCUGCCGGCACGCCUGGGAAGGAAGAGGAGAGGAAAGCGGAGCUCCGGGUGAACAUCCCCGCUGAUAGUGAGAGGGACCAGGGAUUGAAGAUGACGACAGAGAAUGAGUUACAAGAAUUCAUCGAGAAAGAAUAUGGCGAGCUGAUGGAGAAAUUGAACAAAGAUGAAUCUCUAUACACGGAAUUGGCGCUCGAGGAAGUCCUGUAUCGGGCUGCCAAGCUCCUUUUCAAAGAAAGUCUCAAAAAAGGGAAUCCGGAUGCACAGGAAGUGCUGUAUAUGGUCACACAGUUCCUGCAGAACGAAUCCAAUGCUGGGAAACUGAAUCCCGACUUCGAGAAGAAACUCAUGGAGAUCCUGAUGACGGCCCUGUUCGACACCCUCCAAGAGAAUCCCGGAGAAGGAAAUCUGAACCAAGAGGUUCCUGAAGGAAGAACUCUUAACCCGAAGGAAGGAAAGCCAAUUGCGGCUAAGGAUCUUCCCUCACCCACCAAUCACAUCGCAAAGGGACGUAACGAGUGAUCCCAAUAGAACAACACGAAUUCUUCUCUCACUCCCAUCUUGAAUGCUGCGUACCAUUCACCUCAGCUACGAAAAGUAGCUAAUUAAGUGAAGUUAGUUAAAUUGGGCUCCCCCCCCCCCCCCCGGGAAACCAAAAAUAGGACUUUCUCAUGCACCUCAAGCCCCAACAGAAGCAGUUCUUGAAGGAUGAUAGUAGACGAGCCUCAACCAUCAAAAUGGGACAGAAAUUCUGCGCACAUUUGUUGUGAAUCGUGCGGCAGCACAUUUCCACAAAUAGGAGGACUGAAAGAAAUGCAUUGUUUAGAAAUGAUUAAGAAGUUCGGAAGUUCAGACGUUUUGGAAACGUCAUUCCAGUUACUAACGUUAACGUAGCUGAAAUGGAUGGUAGGCAGUGUCGAUCUCCAUUUCUCUCUUUGAUAUGAAACUUUUCCUCCACUUCUCCCAAUUCUUCCCUGUCUCCCUCUCCACUUCUUCUCAGUCACGAUUCGUGAUAUGUGAGAAACCUGCUACCUAUGCCACUGUGUUCUCACUAACCGAAUGAAAGGAAGGAGAGAAGUUUAUGUUUACUGUUGAAGAUGAGCGAUGUAGCUAUUUUCUUUGUCAAUGGGAUCAUCCUAUUUCGCGACAGAAUUCUUAAUUGUGUAUACAUGAUGACGAGGAUUCCAACCUUGAGAGAGGUGUGCUUCCUUUCCUUUCUUUCUUGCUUCAUGCCCUUCAUGCUCUUCGCGCUCUUGCUUUCCUUCAACAUCUAUUUUUUCGUUGCGAAGUGGCAGCUACUGUAUUUCAAGCCUUCACUUUCACGUGGUGUCAUCAGGAUAAACAACGUGUAUUUUAAAGAUUGAAGAGUGCAACCACGAAACUUGCAGUGGAGUAAGUCAAAGCCAAUUUUCUUCAGCGUGAAUAGCAAUGGUAAGUGAGUAAAGAUUUCCAUCAGAAAAUGUUCGACAUUUCAGAUGCAUACUUCAAAGGCAUACCUCAGAGCUCUGAACGUCUCUUAUCUCGAGGGAUUCGGCUUUGAAUGAGAUGUAUAACGAAUGGAUGUUUGUGAACUGGACCAGCCCAUAGCACCAUGCAGGGUAAAACAUCUUACUGAUUGCACUUGAAGUUUUACUGUGUCUGUAAUGACCCUGGGUCUCCUAGUUUGGAAUGCUACAUUAUUUUGGGAAUAAAAGCCCAAAAAAUGCAAAGUAUGAAA